UUGAUUUGAUUCUGUGCGUAUGUCUUGGUUUAUUAACUAAUGACUUAAUAGACCAAGACAUGCACACAGAAUCAAACCAACAAUCAAACCCUUUUAUUUGUUCCAUCAUAUCUAUGGGAGGAAUCUAAUUAGUACGUAACCCUCCUAUGAUACAAUAAUAAUAAUAAUAAUAAUAAUAAUAAUAAUGAAUACAACACAUGCAAUGGAGCAAGUGGACGACGGGCAGCAUACGCAGGAAGGCGUGUCGACGGAGCGCGCGUUCGAGGCAGACCCGAUCCCAUCCUUGUCGGAGACGAUCACGGCACGGGCGAUAGCGGCCAGCUUCAUCCUGGGCGUCGCCCUCUGCGCCGUCGCCAUGAAGAUCAGCCUCAACUCGGGCUUCCUCCCGUCGCUCACCGUCCCGGCUGGCCUCGUCGGCUUCUACCUCGUCCGGGCGUGGAUCCGUGCCCUCGACUGCUGCUUCCAGGUGCCACACCAGCUGCCAUUCACGCGCCAGGAGAACACCGUCAUCCAGACGUGCGUUGUCGCCUGCUCUGCAAUAACAUUCAGCGGAGGGUUUGGCACGUACAUCCUCGCCAUGGGCAAGAACGCGGCCGGAGGAGACGUCAGGGACGGCAAGAACAUCGUGGAGCCGAGCAUUGGCCGAACGGUUGCUUUCCUCUUCCUCGUCAGUUUCUCCGGCAUGUUCGUCCUCAUGCCGUUCAGGAAGGUCAUGAUCAUCCGGCACCGCCUCACGUACCCUAACGGAAUGGCCACGGCGCACCUCAUCAACAGCUUCCACACCCCUCAGGGAGCCAGUAAGGCAAGACAGCAAGUGGAGAUGCUGUUUAGGUCACUGGGAGGAACCAUGCUGUGGAACAUGUUCCAGUGGUUUUUCGCUGCUGCAAAGGGCUGUGGCUUCGGAGUGUUCCCUAUCUUUGGCCUCGAGGCAUAUAAACACGGAUUCUACUUCGACUUCUCCAUGUCCAACAUCGGCAUCGGCAUGCUGUGCCCGUACACCAUCACCGUGUCCAUGUUCAUCGGGAGCGUCGUCUCGUGGGGGCUCGUCUCGCCGUACCUCGCGACCAAGGCGGGCGUCUGGUACUCUUCGCACCUCAGCCCCAGCAGCCUCAGCGGCAUCAGGGGCUACAAGGUGUUCAUCGGCGUCUCCAUGAUACUCGCCGACGGCCUCUUCAACUUCCUGUCCAUCGUGGCGUACACGCUGCACACCAUGCGCAAGAGGCGCAGCAGGCAGCAGCCGAUAAUAAUCCAAGGCGGCGGCUGCGGUGGCGGUAGUGAAGCCGACGACGGUGACACGCAGCCGCUACCGUUCCACUGCCUCAACGCUGCUGCCGAGCAACCGAAGAAGAGCUUCGAUGAUCGCCGCCGGGCGCAGGUGUUUCUGCGGGACCAUAUAUCCAACUCGGUCAACAUCGCGUGCUACGUCCUCCUGUCGAUGGUCUCCGUCGCCGCCAUACCGUACCUCUACCCGCAGAUGCGGCGCGCGCACGUCGCCCUCAUCUACCUCGCCGCGCCGGUCGUCGCGUUCUGCGACGCGUACGCCUUCGGCGUGACGGACAUGAACCUGUCGAGCACCUACGGCAAGCUCGCCAUGGUGCUCGUGGGCUCCAGCGUGGGGCGCAACGACGGCGGCGUCGUCGCCGGCCUCGUGGCCUGUGGGAUCGUGAUGGGGACCAUGUCCAACGCCAACAACCUGAUGCAGGACCUCAAGACGGGGUACCUGACGCUGACCUCGCCGCACACCGUGUUCAUCAGCCAGGCCAUCGGCACGGCGCUCGGGUGCGUCGUCAACCCGGUCAUGUUCUGGGCCUUCUACAGGGUGGUGCAGAACGGCGACACCGACGUCUUCGACGCGCCCUACGCCCGAGUGUACCGCAGCAUCGCCAUGCUGAGCGCCGGGCAGGACGGGAUACCCAUGCACAGCCUCUGGCUCUGCAAGCUCUUCUUCGCGCUGGCGCUCGCGCUCAGCGUGUUCAGGGAGGUGGCCAUGUGGAAGCGCUGGCGUGUGGCACGCUACAUUCCGAGCAUCAUCUGUGUGGCCAUCGCCUUUGUGGUGCCGGCGCGCAUACCCAUCGACAUGUUCGUCGGGAGCUUGGUGCUGUACCUGUGGAGGCGUGCCGACCCUAGCAAGGCGCCGACGUUCUCGAUGGCGGUGGCGUCAGGGAUGAUCUGUGGGGACGGGCUAGGGAUGCUCUUGUCAUCCACGAUGGCACUCAUGCAUGCGCGGGCGCCCAUCUGCAUCAAGUUCAUGUCUCGUACCGAUAAUGUAAAGCUAGAUGCCUUCUUAGCUACACUGCCUGUGACAUAGCUAGCUCCGUGCAUGUAUGCAAUGUAUCAUAGGAGGGAACCCAUUCCGUAGUUGUGGGUUGUAUCUACUUGCAAACUCGUCGUUGUAGUCUAAAAUUGUGAGUGAAUAUAGAUU